CCUUGUUAUCUGGCUCAGUCAUUCUGCAGGUGUGGAGGGAAAGACCCUAAAUGCUACAUUGGCAGCAACUGCAGAUAGAACACACAGAGACAGUGUGUGUGAUGCCUCAGGAGGGCUGAGUCACUGAAGACCUGCUGAAGAAACCAUUGGGUGGGGGAUAUCUGUGAGAGAUAGAUUAGACUGCUGCCUUUUAAGUAUGUUGAAGAUAUUACCCAGUAGCCAACAGGAUUACGUUAUCAGGAGCGAACAGAUGGAGCAUAUCAGGACCAUGUCAAUCAUUCCACACCUGUUGAUUGGUUCAAAAUCAGGGAGACUCUCAGCCUUUUAUAUUCCUGACUGAUGCUAGUGAGAGCCACCUGACCUGCUGCUAAGUCUGCUGCUUCAGAUAACCCAGCAUCCUGGACUGUUGCCUGCUAGCCAUUAAGAGAUUAGGGGCUUUCUCUCAGACUACCACUGUGACAAUUCCCUGCUACUGUUACCAUUUUUAAAUCAGUGGAGCAAGAAAUGAAAGAUUCCCCAGCAGCACUGGUUCUGGAAUACCAAUUGCAAUAAAGAUUACAGCCUGGAUAUUUCCACGUCUUCUUUCCCAGGUUUUCUUAGAAGCUUGAAUUACCCGGCUGCAGUUUGCCAGUAUAAUACAGUGAUAACAUCUAAAAAACAAUAAGGAGAGAGAUGGAACCGAUAUCUGAGAUGCUUCCAUUAACUGGGAAAACAAUAAUAUUUGAUAGUUUUCCUGAUCCUUCAGAAACAUGGGAAAUAAUUGAGACUAUUGGCAAAGGAACAUAUGGCAAAGUUUUUAAAGUGUUGAACAAAAAAAAUGGCAGCAAAGCAGCAGUCAAAAUCUUGGACCCAGUUCACGAUAUUGAUGAAGAAAUUGAAGCCGAGUACAACAUUUUGAAAGCUCUCUCUGAUCAUCCCAACGUCGUCAAGUUCUAUGGAAUGUACUACGAGAAAGAUGUGAAGAAUGGAGACCAACUUUGGCUGGUUCUUGAGCUAUGCAAUGGAGGAUCUGUGACUGAUCUGGUGAAAGGAUUUUUGAAGAGAGGUGAAAGGAUGGACGAACUUGUAAUUGCUUAUAUUUUACAUGAAGCACUUAUGGGGCUUCAGCAUUUGCAUGAAAACAAAACCAUCCACCGUGAUGUAAAAGGAAAUAAUAUCCUAUUGACCACUGAAGGAGGAGUUAAACUUGUGGAUUUUGGUGUGUCUGCUCAGCUGACCAGCACUCAUCUCCGUCGGAACACGUCUGUGGGCACCCCUUUUUGGAUGGCUCCAGAGGUCAUUGCAUGUGAGCAGCAGCUGGACAGCUCCUAUGAUGCCAGAUGCGAUGCAUGGUCACUGGGUAUCACUGCCAUAGAGCUAGGAGAUGGAGAUCCACCUCUUGCUGACUUGCAUCCUAUGAGAGCACUUUUCAAAAUACCAAGAAAUCCACCUCCAACAUUACGCCAACCGGAGCUGUGGUCAUCGCAGUUCAAUGACUUUAUUAACAAGUGCUUGACUAAAGAUUACGAGAAGCGCCCGACAAUAUUCGAUCUUUUGCAGCAUAACUUCAUUAAGCAAAUUGAGGGCAAGGAGAAAGCAUUACAGAAGCAGCUUAUGGAAUUUAUUGAUGUUCAUCAACAAAUGGGAGUCAUUGAAAAGGCAAGGCUGCUGCCAGGACACAGCUACUAUAGAUUUGAGCGAAUUCAUACUAAGAAAGGGGAGUACAGUAAGUCUCUACCCUCAGACCAGGAGGACGUGGAUGAUUUAGCAACCUUAGAGGUACUGGAUGAGAAUUCAGUAACGGAGCAGUUGCAGAAGAGCUAUGCCAGGGAUCAGAUCUACACAUAUGUAGGAGACAUUCUCAUCGCUGUCAAUCCAUUUAGGAACUUAGACCUUUAUUCUGCACAGCAUUCCAAACUGUAUAUUGGAGCAAAGCGGACUGCCAAUCCUCCCCACAUCUUUGCUGUGGCUGACAUUGGAUACCAAUCCAUGGUAACAUACAACUCGGAUCAGGUAAAGUGUAUUGUCAUUUCUGGAGAAAGUGGAGCUGGCAAGACACAGAGUGCCCACCUCCUGGUUCAGCAGCUCACGGUCUUGGGAAAGGCUAAUAAUAGGACUCUCCAGGAGAAGAUACUCCAAGUGAACAAUCUUGUAGAGGCAUUUGGAAAUGCAGGCACUAUUAUCAAUGAUAACUCCAGCAGAUUUGGAAAGUACUUAGAAAUGAAAUUCACUUGUGGAGGAACUGUAGUAGGAGCUCAAAUUUCAGAAUACCUCCUUGAAAAAUCCAGAGUUGUCCAUCAGGCUGUGGGAGAGAGAAAUUUCCAUAUUUUUUAUUACAUAUAUGCUGGUUUAGCAGAAAAGAAAAAACUGGCACAUUAUAAACUGCCAGAGUAUAAGCCACCCAGGUAUCUGCAAAAUGAACAUCUCCGAACAGCUCAAGAUUUUAUGAACAAUAAUUUCUAUAAGUCUCAGUUUGAAUUAAUUGAGCAGUGCUUCAAAGUCAUAGGUUUUACAAUGGAGGAACUUGGCAGUGUGUACAGUAUUCUUGCUGCAAUUUUAAACGUGGGUAACAUUGAGUUUUCUUCAGUGGUAUCCGAGCACAUGAUUGACAAGAGCAAUAUUUCCAAUCCAGUCGCACUUGAGAAUUGUGCUUCCUUGCUGUGCAUUCAGGCAGAUGAACUGCAAGAAGCUCUCACCUCCUACUGCGUGGUGACUCGAGGGGAAACCAUUAUCCGUCCCAACACCGUCGAAAAAGCUAUUGAUGUCAGAGAUGCCAUGGCCAAAGCAUUAUAUGGGCGUCUCUUUAGUUGGAUAGUCAAUCGCAUCAAUACUUUACUCAAGCCAGACAAACUUUUAAGCGAAAAUGAUGAUGGGUUGAACAUUGGGAUUCUUGAUAUCUUUGGCUUUGAAAAUUUCAAAAAAAAUUCUUUCGAACAACUGUGUAUCAAUAUUGCUAAUGAACAGAUUCAGUUCUACUUCAAUCAACAUGUAUUUGCCUGGGAACAGAAUGAAUACCUAUAUGAAGGUGUUGAUGCAAGAGUUAUAGAGUAUGAGGACAACCGGCCUCUCUUAGAUAUGUUCCUCCAGAAACCAAUGGGUUUAUUGUCUCUCCUUGAUGAGGAAAGUCGAUUCCCGCGAGCAACUGAUCGGACACUUGUAGAAAAAUUUGAAGAUAACUUGAAGUCAAAAUACUUUUGGAGACCCAAAAGAGUAGACCUAACCUUUGGGAUUUACCAUUAUGCAGGAAAGGUUCUUUAUAAUGCAAGUGGAUUCUUAGCCAAAAACAGAAAUACCUUGCCAGCUGACAUUGUGCUACUGUUGCGGUCAUCAGAAAACAAUCUGACUAGACAGCUGGUAACCCAUCCUCUUACCAGAACAGGUAACCUGGCAAAUACCAAAAGCAAAAGUGCAAUAAACUACCAGAUGUGGACCCCCCAAAAAUCAAUCAGUCGUACGAAGCUGGAUAUCUUUGUGUUGUGCAAUUCGUAUUCCUUCCGUGAGAAUGAAACUGAAGAUACUACAGCUCAUCCAAGAGAGACGACCAGUAUGAAAACACAGACAGUCGCUUCUUAUUUUAGAUAUUCUCUGAUGGAUUUAUUAUCCAAGAUGGUGGUUGGCCAGCCUCAUUUUGUCCGUUGCAUCAAGCCAAACAAUGAUCGGCAGGCACACAAGUAUGACAAAGAGAAGGUACUGGUACAGCUGCGCUACACGGGAAUUCUGGAGACGGCAAGAAUUCGGAGACAGGGUUAUUCCCAUCGCAUACUGUUUGCUAACUUCAUAAAACGGUAUUACCUCAUCUGUUACAAAACAAAUGAUGAUCCUCCAGUCAGCCCUGAAACCUGUGCUGCUAUCUUAGAAAAAGCCCGCCUUGACAACUGGGUUCUUGGAAAAACCAAAGUGUUCCUUAAAUACUAUCAUGUGGAGCAGUUGAAUUUAAUGAGAAAGGAGACGGUUGACAGGAUUGUUUUGUUUCAGGCCUAUGUCAGAGGGUGGCUAGGUUCAAAGAGAUACAAAAAAUUAAAGGAGAAAAGGGAAGAAAGUGCUAUUAAAAUACAGUCAGUUUACAGGGGCUUUGUUGCUCGUAAAGAAUAUGAAAAUGGAAAAAAUAAAUACAAAAUGGAAACAUUUAUUACCAGACUUCAAGCAGUUGCAAGAGGAUACUUAAUCAGAAAGAAAAGGAAAGAAAUAACAGAUGCAUCGAACAAAGCAGCAACAACAAUUCAAUCUCACUACAGGGGAUAUAGGGAGAGGAAAAGCUUCAAAAAGAAAAGGGAAUCACUUCUGAAGAAGGAACAAACUAAAAAUGCAGCCUCCAUUAUUGAAAAAGAAAAAGAUGAGCAACCUCAAGACAAUGAAGAAAACCCAGCUGUGAUAACAAACUCUCCUUCUGCAGCUGAAGAGGAAGCAGCUGUUAUUGUUCAGAGUAACUACAGAGGCUACAGAGAGCGUAAAAAAAUAAAGGAGCAGCACAGAAAACUAGCAGACCAAGUGUCUUCUCCAGUGGAAAUCUUGAAACCAGAAGUAAAGUCAGUUCAAAAUGUAGCGCAGGCAGCUGAGGCUGAAACAGACAGAAAAGAUAAGGCAGCUAUUUUCAGUCAGAGCAGCUACCCUGGACACCCAGACAGACAGAACCUAGAGGAAAAAAGGAAAAUGCCUCCAAGAAGAGAGAGUGCUUCUAUGAAACAAAACCCUCCAUGGCAGCAUCCAAAGGAAGGUAAAGAACAGGCCUCUUUGAAGCAGUCAUCUAAAAAAAUGACAGAACUAGGCCUCCGAGAUCUGACUCAUCAGGAAACAAUCAGCACAGAUGAGCAAAACCAACUGUCUGUUGUUGUUCAGAAUAAGCGUGACAGUCACUUGGAGAGAAAACAUCUGACACAGGAAGGGAUAAUACCUGGUGAAAAUAAAGGAAAUAUAAGGAAAGACUCAGUAAGAGGCUCACAGAAGCAAGCUGAGCCAGAAAAACAAGGUUCAGAAGACAAAGACAAGGCAGCUGUGGUAAUUCAGAGUAAUUAUCGAGGUUACAGAAGAAGGGGGCAACUCAGAAAAGAAGGGAAAUUACCUUCUAAAAGUCAAGAGAGAGCUAGUGGAGAGCCAACGGAAGUAGCACAUAUUCAAAAUAAUGAUUCCAAGGCAACAAAAGAUAGAGAAAGGUCUAAUCCUCAGGCCGAGGGCCAUAAGAAUCUAAAGGAUGGCUCAGCAAAAGAGGCUUGUGAUUUGGCAGCCUUUUCAAGACAGAUAUCAAAAUUAUCCGAAGACUAUUUGGCACUGCAGCAAAAGUUGAAUGAAAUGAUUUUGUCGCAUCAGCUGAGGCCCGUGAUGCUGUCCAAAGAUAAACAAACAAAUGGCCGACUUUCUCCUCAUGUGUGUCAAUCAGUUGCCACCAAAUCAGAAGACUUUCAUCCCCUACAGCGACCACCAAGGAGACCGCGGACACCCAAAACUUUAAAUAAUCCUGAAGACUCCACAUACUAUACUCUAAUACAUAAAUCAAUCCAAGAAGAAAAACGGAAACCAAGAAAAAACAGUCUGGGCAAGGUGCUAGAUUUAGAAGAUUUCUAUUACCAAGAAAUUUCAUCAAGUGAUUCCAUCUCAAAUGAUAGUAAUUCUAGCACAAGAGAAAAGAGGCCACCAGUGGAGCUCAGAGAUUCAUCUUUAACUAUUACUGAAGGGUCAAGGGUUGCAGAGAGCCCCCUGGACGAGAGCAAAACUGAAGAUAAUCCCUAUGACUACAGAAAACUGCUACGGAAAACCUCUCAGCGCCGGCGCCUUAUCCAGCAGUUUUAGCUGCUGCUGCCAUUUGGCUUUUAUUAGCAUAAUCUUUUUUUAUGAUUUUGUACCGUGUGCUUUUUUUUUGUAUUAGCUCUAAUAUUUCAGGUUUACAGUGAAUAUGAAUUACGUAGUUUACAGCCCAACACUGUUUUAAAGGGACACUGUCAAGUUAAAAAUUGUAAAUUUAAAAAAAAUCUUGCUGAUGUUACUUAUUUUAUAUUUUAGAUUACUAAAAUUGAAAUAAUUUUUAAAAACAAAUGUACUUCCUGUAUAUUGUUUUCCUUUUUACAUUUCUCUCGUCUUAUACAAAAUAGACUAGUCAGUUUCUCUUUUGUUUAUAGUCAUUUCCUAGUCAAUUGAGUUUUCAGGUUCCCAUGCACACUAGCACAAAACGAUUUUUUUAAAACAAAUUACUUCACUGGAUUUUUUUAAGAAUUCCAAAGAAGAAUUUCUUUUGGUUUUAAGUCUACAAUGCCUAAAUUUGGGGCCAAAUCUACAUGUUUCAAGUGUCCCUUUAAUACAAACAAAUGUAAAUUUUUGUUUGGUAGUAUAUUAUAUAUCAAUUUAUUUUCUUAUUGACUUUAACUACAGUAAAGCUACUGAGGGAAGGUGUUUAAAGGACAAUAUAGAUGUGUAUUCUUUACCUUGGAAAUGUUUAUAUACAGGGAAAUAUAACCACAACCCUCUCUUCUACCUCUGAGCUUUGUGGCUAAACAUUGAACUCUUAAAUCUUGUUUGCUUUAUUCUCCAUUUUAAAUUUGCGUUGGAUUUUUGGGACUCUUAAUCUCAGAGAGACUGAGAAGUGGCUAGGAAAAUGUGGAUUGUGUCUUAAUUCCGCCAGAAGUGUAUUGGGUACAAAGUAGCCGCCACUUUGUUCAAAAUUUCACCCAAAUUCCUAUUUUUAAAGAAAUUAUUUUAGAGAAAGGAUGUAGAUAACUGGAACAUUCACAUUUGUGAUUGACAGUGAUUAACAGCUGCAUGUUCCAAGCUGCCAGCAAGAAUGGCAGAUUUUACCAGGCCAAUAUUCUGAGCAGUGUAAGAGCGGAAUCCUGGUCCCUUACUCAGGCCAGGUGUCCCAUUGCAGUGAUUACUGGUGGGAGUAAAACCAGCAGGGUAGAGCUCUGCACAAACUAUCUUUAGACACUUCUGGCACUCUAAUUUAGCCCUCUUUCCAUAGACAUGUAAUUGGUGCUUCGUAUUUUUACAGUAGUUAAAAGAUUAAAAACCAUGUUUAAAUUGCUGCAGUGUACAAUGUGCUAGAAAACAUUGGGUUUGAUUUUUAAAGUCCUCUUAAAAUUGCUCUCUCCAUUAUUACAAUGGCAAAAUAAAUAAACAACAAUACAAAA